CCUCGCCUGAGGAGCUGUCUCGGAGAUGGUCCCGGCCCGUGCAUUAGGGCAAAGAACCGCUGCUGUCCUGAACCACCGGUAACUCGGGGAUUUUUCAUUCCCUAGGCAGAUAUGGAGGAGGAGGAAAAGCCCCAGAAAUCUCUCACAAGGAGGAGCUGCAAACCCAGCCCAGGGAACUGCGAGGAGGAAAGACCCUCCCUGUGCCUGGAAGGUGGCUGGAGAUCCAGGCAGAGCUCAGAACUGGUGGAGAAGCCUCAUGGAGGGGAGAAACCCCACAAGUGCUUGGAAUGUGGGAAGAGCUUCAGUCAUAGCUCCAGCCUGAACCGCCACCAGAGGAUCCACACUGGGGAGAAGCCCUAUGAGUGUGGGGAAUGUGGGAAGGGAUUCAGAGACAGCUUCCAUCUGAUCCGGCACCAGAGGAUCCACACUGGGGAAGGGCCGUACGAGUGUGGGGAAUGUGGGAAGAGCUACACCGACAGCUAUGGCCUGAUCCGGCACCAGAGAAUCCACACUGGGGAAGGGCCAUAUGAGUGUGGGGAAUGUGGGAAGAGCUACAUCGACAGCUAUGGCCUGAUCCGGCACCAGGUUACCCACACUGGGGAGAAGCCCUACAAGUGUGGGAAAUGUGGGAAGAACUUCAGCAACAGCUCCAAUCUGAUCCGGCACCAGGUGAUCCACACUGGGAAGCGGCCCUACACCUGCUUGGAAUGUGGGAAGAGCUUUGGAUGGAGGUCUGACCUGAGAAAACACCAGCUCAUCCACACUGGGCAGAGGCCCUAUGAGUGUCCUGUGUGUGGGAAGAGGUUUCAGAGAAGUUCCACUCUCAUCAGACAUGAGCGGAUUCACACAGAUGAGAGGCCCUUCCGCUGCCCUGUGUGUGGGAAGGACUUCAAUCGCAACUCCACCCUCACUCUCCACCGGCGCAUCCACACCGGGGAGAGGCCCUACGAGUGUCCUGAGUGUGGGAAGAGCUUCUCACAGAGCUCAGCCUUGACCCAACACCAACGGAGCCAGCACUAAGGGAAGUCCUGUGAGUGCCCCGAGUGUGGGAAGAGCUUCGUGCUCUGCUCCAGCUCCAUCCCCCAUGGGAGGAUCGGUGUUGGAUGAUCCCCAGUGACCCCCAUUGGGCAGAGCCCUGGUGAUCCAUGGUCCUGGUGAUCCAUGUUAGGGAGACACCUGGCUGGGGAGGUCUCUGCAUCAUCCUGUCUCCCUGUGGGCAUCUGGAUGAAUGCAAGGGCAGGAGCAUCCAUCAGGGCAAACUGACAUUGGGAAUCCAUUGGGGAGAGCGGAUUUGUUGACUUUUAACCGCAGAAAAUCUGUGUUGAAUCCUAUCUUUUUUGGCAUCCAGGAAUACUGAAUGGUCUUGGAGGCCUUUUCCAGUGUAGUGGUUUGUAAAGAUUUCCUGAAAUCUUUUACCUGCCAGGACCUGGGCAGUCUCCCUUGUAUCUGACCAGAACCAAUCAGUAUUCGAUUUUUAUUACUGACACAUUGUUACAUCAAUGAGCAAAUUUAUACAUCUCUGUGAAACACACAUGUACAGACAAAAAGCCCCGGGGAAGUUCUCUUUCCCUGCCGGCCUCUCCCAAAGUAACAGCAUCUCGGGCCGGGCAGGGGCAGGCGGGCUCUGACUCAGAGCUCAGGAAGCCGCCGGGCCCCGUUUUCCAGCAGGGACUCCGAUGUGCAGGGCAAGGAAAGGCCAGGCCCGUUGCUGCCAUCCCUUCUCCCCCCCGGCAUGGCUGCGACUCAGCAGAACCCUGCCCUGGCCCGGCCCGGAGCGGCUCCGAACGGCCGGGCCCGCCCCGCUGCCCCCGCGGCCUGGGGGAAAAACAACUGAGCCCCGUUCUGGCAAGGCCCCGACAGCCUUGUCUGCUGGGCAGGGGGGAGGAAGAACCCCCGGCCCGCGGCUGGAAUUGAGUGCAGCGGGCGCUGGAGAACAGCCAUGAAAGCAGAAACUCAUCAGCGCUUCUCGGGUUGAACCCUGCAGUCCUCAGCCAGCCCCAGCGGGGCCUUGAAAGACUCUUUAUGGUAAAUAACUUCGACUGCCCACCUGGAAAAAAAUCACAGAACCCUCUGCUGCCCGGGCAAGGUAUUAACUCUUUCAGUGCCCAGAGUAAACCUUUACAGAUGAUACUUUAUUCUCUCUCUGAAAUAAUAAUAAAAAAACCAAACCAUAAUCAAAAUAGUAAUACACACAGAAAUAAUAUAAAAACAUCAAAAUCAAACAAAAAGAGAACUCAAAUCCUAAAUAAAGAAAGCAGAAAAGUCAUGAACUAAAAUUUCUCCUUUUUUAAACUGUGGAGAAAAAACUCUUGUUUCCUCUGUAAGACAUAAAAAUGUUAUGACAUGAAUAUGACUGUUCCAACUGGAAAUAUAAAGAAAAGCAUUAUUAUUAAACAAAUGUUAAAAUUGCUGUAAUCCCCCAAGUUUAAAUAAUAAGAUAACCGCUUACUGCUCCCCCAAAAAAAGAGAAGGAAAAAACCUUCUCUUCUCAGACAUAAAGUAUGGUUUUGUUUAAAAAUAUAAUCAUUAAAGUAUACCCCAUAAUUUAACAUAGUCCACAAAAAAAGUUACGAGAAAAACUGUUAGUCUGAAAAAAGGGUUUUUUACAUAUUAAUCAGAUUUCCAUUCUCCCAGGUGGCUAAUGACUGUAACAUCAAAACCACCAAAAAACUUUCUUGUGAGGAAAUCUCCAUAGACUGAAAAAAACCUCUCCUCUUUCAAGUAAAUUAGUAAAAAACUGUUUUAACUAACUGAGUUGUUUUUGUACUUUUUCAGUAUUAAAAAGAAAAAAGUGUGUGGAAGAAAAAAAGUAGUCUGAAGUUUUAUUUUAAUUUUAUUUUUCUUAUAGUUUCUAGUAAUAAAUUUUCUCUGUAUGCCAUUUAAAGUUAAACCUUUUUUUGUCUUCUUCCUAAUCCUAUCUCACAACAAAAAAUUUCAAAUUUAUAAACCAAACCACUACAUCCAACCUCAGUGAUUCCCGGGUUUUGAUUUCCUAUUGCCCAAGGGUAUCUCCUGCAGCCAAAUGCUGAUGAACUGGGGAAAGACCAAGAUUUUGGAGACAGUGAGGUGGAAACCCUUCCAAAAAGGUUCUUCCCUCCCUCCUAAGCACCUGGAUCCUCAGCUCGCACAGACACGUGUUGCAGUGUGUUUCUUGUUAAUGGUAUAUUCUGUUAUUGCCCAGGUUAAUGGUUUAGUCCAAAAUUAUACCCUCCAAACCACCUUGUCAAUCUAUCCUGAAUUCCCUGUCAAUCCUGCUUUGUGCUAGCCCCCUGCUUGGAAUUCCCCUUUGGAAAUCCCCUAAAAGUCGAGGUCUCCUUAGUCCAUGUGACCCAGUUUUCCCCCCUGUCUCUUUCAUUGGAUAAUGCCUUUGUGAACCCUACCCUUUAUCCCUCCCCAGAAUUUCUCCAAUAUCCUAAGUAUUUGUACCUUCCCCUUGAACCUCCUUCAUAUUUAAGUUGUUGCACCUUUGCCAUUUUUGUCUUUUGCCCCGCAAAUUUCCCAGAGUAAUAAAUCCUUUUAAUCCUAUGCAAAAGACUCCCCUCCUCCUUGCCUCCUUCAAAUGCAAUCUGACAGCCAAAAGGCUGUGGAGCCACAGCUCAAGCCACAUCUAAGGCCUCCUGUUCCAGAGUGUGACCCACUCUGGGCAUGGGACCGUGUGCCAAAGUGAUUUCAGAUCUGGCCUUGUGUCAGUUGGUGCCCACUGUUUGGGUCCCCAGUGAGCAGACCCCAUGGAUGAACUGUGGAUCUUAAUCCACAAGAGUUCUGGCUGUCAGCUGCCUUGCAGUGCAGCUGGCUGGAAAGUUUUCUCCAGCAGCAUGUUUUGGGGAGGAAGUGAUAGCCCUCUGGCUCCUGAGGAACGCUUUCCUGAAGGAGGAUUUUCCAGUGGACCAAAAGGAGGCUGAGUAUCCCCCAAGUUAGCCUGAGGGUGCUCCAAGUAGAGGGAAGGGUGCAUUGGCCCUCGGGUGUUGAAAGGGGGGCCCAUGAACCUCCAGGCUACAGCUGCUGAGACAGCUCCCUGUCCCUGAAACUAAAACUGGCCCUGGGCUCUUAUGUUUAGUCUCCUGUUUCUGUUUGCUGCAAUGAAAAGUGGAAUUUUGUUGUGCCAACGUAGCUUAAGAUCAGGGAAUAGUGGGUGCGAAACCGUCUGCACAGCAGAGGGGGACUCAUUUCCUCAUUGUGGCUUGGAGGGUAGGAAAAGAGAGUUUUCAAAGCAGUUGUUAAAGCAGUUUAUUCAAUGACUUUUCCUCUGCUUUCCAAGGGUAUCCUCUGAGGCAAUACCAGCCAUUCCUCUUUGGGACACAGUUGAAAGCAAAUUGACAGAGUUAACAAAUAAAGGGGAUGCCUCAGUUACUAAAUUCUUA